AUGCCACAAAACCCACUUCAGUUCCACCGGGAAGCAAGUGCCUUAGACAACGGUGAAGGCAAUGCAAAGACACCAGUCACUGAAAACGGCAUUUAUUUCCCCCAAACGUUGGUUUCCUCGACAAAUUUCCCCCUAUCAACCUCGGAAGUGGCUUUAACACCGAGUGCUGAUGACGAUCAAGACGUUGGGUUCACUUCUGAAGCCAUUGUGGACAACAACAUCACUGAAAAUAUUCGCAAAGUUUCUAGUCGUCUCAUAAUGGAAACUGUCGAAGAAAUUGAUUUGAACAUGGAAUUUUCUAUCAAGAAUGAUUAUCAAGCCAGUGCCACAGGCACAAUUUUGAGUAGACAACCGGAGAAAGAAUCAGCGCAACUGGUCAUAAACUUAGAUAAUCCUCUAGCUGAACUGGUCUCCGAACCGCUGAUGACAAACAACAACAUUCCUCCAACGUCGAGGAAUCAACUAAUGCAGAAUUUGGCUAGAGCCCGAAGUCCAUACGAGGAUACUCCGUGUGAGCAAAUGAAUAAAGAAUCGUUUUUCAAAGAGAAAUGGGUAUGA